ACCUGUUCCCAGUUCCCGCGGGGAACGUAACCAUGCGGGAGUUUGCGAGAUAUUGUGAUUGAGAUGAGAAUACCUAGGUUUUCUUCGAAGCAGCCAUUUUGUAUUUGAUAAAAUCCUCAUCUGGUGUUGUUCCCACCCUGAAUCCAUCACGCCAUGAGAAAACCAGUGUUCCUAGUGGAUAAACCUUAGUCCUGCACCAACUUGACCACCUCUGCACCCCCCUCACAUAUUAGAUCCCCACCAGCCACCAGCGUUGAUGGUGAGAACGAGCGAGUGACAUCACCAACAUGCCUUUGGACACGUUUAUCUGUGGCCAGUGCCAGGAUUCCUUCACCGACCUCAAUGAGUUCGUGCUGCACAAACAGGGCAACUGUCCUGCCACAGCCCCGGCCACCCCCGCCCCUCCCUCCUCCUCCUCCCCGGCCCUCCCACAGGGCACCGAGGUCAUCCGGCUACACAUGAACGAGUCAGGGGAGAUCACUGGCAUGUCCUCUUUGCCAGUUGGAGAAGAUGAGUCGAUGACCAAUGGAUCAACCUUCACCUUCCUCAAUGACGUGAACAUGGAGGGAGAUUUUGGAAACACGAAUCUAGAUGGGAAUGGUGCAGGAACUGACAACUCCGCACAGACGCUGAUCAUCUUGAACAACUCGGAGACUGACGGACUCGGCGGGCUGGACAGUUCUGGAAUGAACCUGUUAACCCCUAGCCAGAGCAUGGACGGCCUGACUUCGCAGCCAGAAGGUCCUCUUGGAGGUCAAGAGGUCAAGGGUGACACACCGGAGGUCAUGCCGACCUUGACAGAGCCAUUAGCGCCGCCAGAGAUGGGGGAGGAGAAAGUUGGAGGAUUUCCUCCCAAAAAGCGAAGGGGGCGCUCAAAGACGGGAGAAGGCAAAGUGAAGGUCAUUGAAGCUGUUCCCCCAUCUACGCCAAAACCAACGGUGCCUGAAACCAACGCGGACGGCAAACUGGUGUGUCCCCAGUGUAAGAGAACGUUUGCCAAGGAGCGACAUUUCAACACCCACAAGUGCCUGGCCACCUCUUCCUACGUCGACAUCACCAAGAAGGAGAUUGUGAAAAUUGAUUCGGGUGAUGAAGAAGAGGGUCACGAAGACUUGGACGCUGGGGCACAUGUUGAUGAGGAGGAAGAGUUCACUGCCCCUGUUGAUGAAAAGAUGAGUGCUGAGAAAGAAGAGGAAGACGAUGAGAAGGAAAUGGACAAAGAGGAUGUGGAGGAGGAGAGCGCAGACAAAAGGAAGAAGAAAAGAGGCAGGAAGAGGAAGCGAGGCGGAGAGGAUGUGGAGUUUGACAUGAGCGUCCAGGAGUCGGGGGCGCAACAGAUGAAGGCAGCGGCGGACUCGCUGGAGAACUUGCCGAUCUUCAAGAAUGACGAGGAGAGAGAAGCUUUUGAGGCCUGUGUGGACGUAGAUUUAUCCUCUCAGGAAACCUGUACACUCACAUGCGCAAGCACACAGGUCAGUUCUACCGCUGCGAGCAGUGCGACUUCAAGACGGUCAACAAAAGUCACCUGAUCGAGCACAAGAUGACCCACGACAGCCGUCGAUCUCAGUGCAUGAUCUGCCGCAAGGACUACUCCACCCUUAAGUCUCUGAUCAACCACGUCCGCAAGUACCACACGGACAAACCCGGCAAGGAGUAUCUGCAGACUUUCUUACAGGGCCGCGGAGUGCGUGGCACCACCAUCAUCCACCAAUGCCACGUCUGUAAUCGUAAGUUCAAGAAGCGAAUCGACCGCGACCGACAUCUAUUCAUUCACGACAUCAAGGACUUGCCUCAUGUCCAGCAGUGUGAGCUGUGUGACUACUGGGCCAGCCGUAAGAUCUACCUGGAUAAACACUACCUGAAGCAUCGGGUCAUCUACUGCUGUGCUCUCUGUGAUGAGAAGUUUUUGAGCACAAUAAAGUUGUCUGAACAUCUAAGCUCCAGCCACAGCGACCAUGGGGAGAACGGAACGAUGGUGGCGGAUUCCUUGCUGGAGGAAUGUAUCAACAGGUCCCUGUACCUUCCCGAGCCGCUGGCUAUGACUAAAGAUGGCAACAAGUACGUGAACUUGCCCGAAGAACUUCGAGCAACAUCGGACAGCAACAAUUCAGUGACACCAGCAUCACUGACGUCAGCACAGACACCAUCACCGACGUCAGUACUGACGCCAUCAGCGACAACCACCACCCCUUCCUCCGGCAGCAACACUUUCUCACAGACCACAACAACAACGACAACAAAUGACCGAGGGCCAACCACAGACUCUACCCUGACGGUCGUACCGUCUGCCGAGAGUUCUGGAGACUUCCUGUCAGAGUUCAAAGAGUUAACGGGUCCCUCAACUGACUUGCUCUCUCCCCCUGCGCCAACCACAGGCCAGACGGUCAAAGCAGACAUGUCCGCAAACGAUCAAGUUAAUUCAGAGGUCGUGAGCAGCGUCUGUCAGCCAUUUUCCAAAGUGGAAGACCUGCUAGAUGUGUCGACUCAGGGAGUGAACUCUGUGGGCACAGACGGAGGGGACGCAACUGUUGGGUCGCAACUUGUUGAGAAUAUCGUAGAAUCGGAGAACAAAGAUACAGAAGACGGUGAUGGAAUAAAGUCGGAGAAUCGGGUCGGAAAAGACUCACAGGUGGCGCCACACGUGCUCAUGUUACAAAACCCUGGCUCUGACUCGGAGGGAGGAGAGGAGGAGGUUUCGGACAAGGUCGGGUCAGAAGAGGCAGCUGAGGGGACGACCUCAGUUGUGAAGACAGAGGGAGUGGAGGGGAUGGAGGAGGAGGCGGAAGGAGGGGAGGGCUCAGAUGAAGAGGAAAUGUUUGUGGAGGAGCAGCAAGAAGCCGGUCUGGCUUCAGGGGAGAACAGUGGAGAGAAACUUCCAGAAACUGACGAAGUAGGGCAGGAGUCACCUAACGCAAUGGCCAAAGAGAAAUCGGCAGCUGAGGAGAGUCUGGAGGUGGCUGAAGGUAAAGCGGCGAGUGGCAGCGCGGGCACAGAGAGCAAGAACGAGAAGAUUGAAGCCUUGAUCAAGAGGAUGGGCUAUCGGCGGAUGUCUAUGGACAUAUUCAACAAGAUGAGGGACACGUUCGGCACGGAGGAGUGCGAGUUUUGUGGCAGGCUGUUCUACAGCAAGGUGGACUACGAGCCUCAUGUCAGGACUCACACAGGCGACAAACCCUUCGCUUGCGCUCACUGCAGCUUCCGAGCCAACACCAAGGACCAGCUGAAGCGACACUCGGAGAAAGAGCAUGAGAAAAUCGCCUUCCAGUGCAAAGAGUGCGACUUCCUGGCGCCCACACGGACACGUCUGUGGAACCACCAGCUCAAACACCUGGGCAUCAGUGGACUCUCCUGUCCCAGGUGCUCCUGUAAAUUUGACGGAAUGAAACAGCUGCGGGCCCACAUCUUGAACCAGCACCAGGACAUGGACAAACAGACGCUGGAGAAACUGACAGGCUACAGGCACCGGCCCCUAGGACGCAUGGGUCGAAGGUCAUUCAAGUGUCCCCACUGCCCGCGUACUUUCAUCCGUGCAAAUUCUGACUUGCAAAAGCACAUCUGGAUACAUGAAGGCAUCAAGCCAUUUGCUUGUCCAAUUUGCCCGUAUGCUUGCCGUUCCAAAAAUAACCUACAGGCCCACAUGCUGAGACAUUCCACGGAAAAGCCCUUCUCCUGCUCCGAGUGUGGCAAGGAGUACAAGUCAAAGACGGCACUCAGGUGGCACGUGCGCUCCCACAAGACGGGGAAAGCCUUCAAAUGUGAUAAAUGUCCAUACGAGGCGACCCAGCAGAGUCACCUGAAGCGACACAUGGAGACGCACGAGGUGAUGAAAAGGUUCGUCUGUAAACACUGCGCGUUCUCUGCCAACACACUGGGCUACAUGAAGAUACACUACGCCCGACACCACAAGGGCAAGCCAUUUGUCCACGAGGAAACAAGUGAGACCACCAUCUCCCAGCCAGAGAAGCGUGUCUUCAAAUGUCUCAGCUGUGGCUACUUGUUCGGUAACCUGUCUGACCUCAAGCGACAUCUGAAGAUACGGCACCUGGUGCAGAUGCAGGCCAUAGCCGGGAUGGAGCAGCUUCAGAUCUCGGAGGUGGAGGUGGUUCAGUACGAGGACACAGCAAAUGCUGCGACAGCCACCGCCACACUGGCCGACAUGUCACAGGUUCAGACAGCUCCCCAGGUUGUUUCAGCGGGCGACCUUCAGACUAGUGGGCCGAGUGACGCGAGUAAACCAUCGGUGUCUGCCGUCAGCCUCAUACAGCAGCUCUUGGGAAUGUCACAGGGUGACAACCAGGUGCGCGUGGUGUCGGAGGAUGGGGAGCCAUUUGAACUUUCCCCCGAGACCAUCAUCGUCCAGCAACAGGACGGUCAGCUACUUCUGACCAACGAGGCGGCCGGGGCCAUGGCUGGGGGGCAAUACGUCAUACAGUACUACAACCCGGGGGAAAUGCCGCCUGGGGCGGAGUCGAGUGUCGCCGCAAGCAGCUCCGGUGGGGAGGUACAGCUGGCACCCGCACCGCCAGACGCCGGUCAGUCCAUCCAGUUCCUAACCGCUCCCCAGGACCAGGGGGCGCAGUUUAUCAUGACCCCGGGUGUGCACCGGCAGAUCCUGACCUCUGAAGGUCAAGCACAGAUUCUCACCCCUGAAGGUCAAACUCAGAUCCUGACCUCUGAAGGUCAAGCACAGAUUUUGACCUCUGAAGGUCAGGCUCAAAUCUUGACCUCUGAAGGUCAGCCUCAGAUUCUGACCUCUGAUGGUCAAGCGCAGAUCUUAACCUCUGAUGGUCAAGCACAGAUCUUAACCUCUGAAGGUCAAGCUCAGAUUUUGACCUCUGGUGGUCAGGCUCAAAUCUUGACCUCUGAAGGUCAACCUCGUAUACUGACCUCUAACGGUCAAGCUCAGAUUUUAGCCAGCAGCGAUGGACAAACCCAGAUCAUCUACCCAGAGGACGGCAGUGGGGGUCAGCUGAUAGCCAUCGAGGGCAGCGGACAUCUGCUGUCAGCUGGGGGAGAGAGGGAGGCGGCCGGUCAGUUUGUGGUCAACACGGACCUGGACACCAUCAGCGAGCACCUCAUCAUCUCUGACCCCGGGGGUCGUGGAGAAGUCCUGGAGGGGGAGGGUGGGGAUGAUCCCGGCGGGGCCAGAACUUCGCAGCAGCUGGACGGGUUUACCAUCUCUACUGGUGCCGAAGACUCGUAGAUCUGACCUACAGUACCGCGUCUGUGGUGUAGCGGUUAGGUGCUUCACUGUCGUUCUCCGGAGACCUGAAUUCAAUUCCAGAGUGAGGAGAAUUUUUGUUGAGUAUUUAGGUCUUUCUGCUGGGAUGUUGUAUCCCUUUCAGCCUGGGUUGGCUUUCACGGGUAGGGUCAGAAGCAGCCUCCUAAAUGAUCUAAAUUGUGUCAAUGAGGGCGUUAAAACACUUACAUUUUAAUUUGAUUUAGACCAGGCAUGCAGUGUCAUCCUUUGUUGUGCCUGGACUGUGGGGUCAGAUGGGAGGGACUCGCCAUGAAUGAGAGUCUUGUUAGCAUAAGUGUAGCAUUCUAUCAGUUGCCUUUCUACCUCAUAUCACAGUGAAUGUUCAAUGGUCUGAUGAUGUUUCCAAUGGUGACAAUCUCACUUUUAUUUCAAGUUCAAGGUGACUUGACUGGUAGCGCCCCCCUGUUCAAGUAAAAUUCUAAAUAAGGGGGGGGGGGGGUGUUCCUGAUUAACAUAAUAACAUACUUGGUUGAAAUGCUUAAUUAUCAGAUCAAUUACAAAUCCAGGUAGGCUACCAUACAGAAUGUCAAAGUUCAUUCCUGUAGGUUUACCACUACUUGUCUGUAAGAAGGAGAAUGUUACUGUUUAAGUUUAAGGAUGUUAUAAUAUAAUUUGAAUUGAUUCUGUUGUGUGGAUUCCAUUUGUCAAAAUCUAUAGAUUGUUGCUAACGUUACCUCAUUGCUUAUUAACAGCUGUGUGGGUCCUGUAGAAUCGGUGUCAUGUGGUGAGAGGUUAGAGAAUACUUUGGCAGGUGUGGAAGUCUUCAUGAAGUUAGUAGUUUUAGUACUUGCGUUUGAGGAGAAGCAUAGCGCUUAAGCACUUCACUGUUGCAUGCAGGAGGCCAGAGAUCGAUUCCCAAGAGGGGAGAAUUUUUAUCGGGUAUCUGAUCUCGAUGUUUCUCCUGAAAUGUUGUAUCCCUCUCAGCUCUUUUGCCGCCGACAGGCAGAGUUGGAAGCUCAUUUGCUAAAUUCUGUCGACUGAGGUGUAAAAACAGUUAAACUAACUCUCUCCCCCCCCCCCCCCCCCCCCCCCCCAAUCUUUAUGACAGGCCAGCCCGUGGUUGGUAGACAGGUCAAUGCCAGCUGCCACCUUGGUUCUCAGAGAAAAAGUGUGAAGUGUAGGCCUACCAGUCUACAGACUACUACCCACCACUAAGAUAAAGAAGACUUGCACAAAAUGUGAGUCGUGAUGUACACGAGCCCAGCACUACAACAGAUGGGCUAGAAAUAAAGAAUGCACUGUGGGAUUUUCUCUCUCUUAACCGAAUGUUUGGAAAAAGUGAAUUAAAACAGAAAGUGGGAUUAAAGAAUGUUCAUUAUAUGUUGGUGUUUUUACGCCCUUAUCGACAUAUCGAGGAGCCAAGUAUUGCUUAGGCCAGAGGGAGGAAGUGAGGUUUAAAAAUAGCCUGGAGCUAAGUGUAAGGGUUAAUGUACCAAGAAAGUAUUAAUGGACGGUGGUAUUAAUGAUUUUCUGAUGCUGAUAUGUAUAGUCAGUUGUUCAGUCCGUGGUGAUGUACAUAGUACAUAGUAUAUGUAUGUGGUGAGGGGCCCCUGUGCCAACUUGCUGUUGAUUAUGUCGUGUGUGUUUCAGCUGUUUUCUGUACGGUAUAAAUUAUGAUUGAAAGUGAAAGGAGUUUUCUUUGUGCAAUAAAGUUGAUAACAUAUUCAUA